CACAAGGUCACUUUGGUCGGCUGGCUGGCGACAGAUUUUCAAUUCGAGACAAAUCUGCAUACACAUUCAUGUGUAUGUCCCAGUUUUAUUACUUUGUAAACAGUCUGUAGACUUUGCAACUACCCCAACAUAUUUGAUUUAGCGAAUUUUAGCUUUCUAAUGGAAUAAUGCAGAUUUGCUUUAAGAUUUGUUGCGUGAGUGUGAGAGUCUGAAAGCAUGUCACGCCAGAUGCGUGAGAGACGGCAACCCUGAUUUCACUUGCGUCCGAAACAAAGUGAAACUUCAUCUAUGUUAUAGGAUAUAUAUCGCAUAUUGUAUUUCACUCUUAAUAUGUGCACACGUAUUUGGCAUCGCCUGUAAUGAUCGGUAGGGGGCGUGAAGUGCGCUGCCGGCUGGACCGGCCCUGUUAUGGUGACACAUAAAUAUAACUUACAUUUAUCGUUAUAUUGGCUUAAUGAUAUGAAUGUGCAAAACAGAGUUAUGAAAAUAGAAGGGCAAAGUUCCAUUCGACAGGAUGGUCUAAAAGUUUACUCGGGGAAGCAUAUUUAGACGGACCGGAAAUGGUUUUCUCCCCGAUUAACUAAUCGCAUGACAUGUUUUGACAGCUGAGUCGCUAUGUGAUCUAAUCAGUACUGUAUAUCAUCUCUGAAAAGAAUGUUUUUAAAGGAAAAAUUACAAAAGUAUCCUCAGAUUAGCGAUGUUUCACGUCUGUAUUAACGUAUGUAUACAGCUGUAUUUACUGGAUUGUUUUCUAAUGAUACUGUCAGCGGAUCCUGCAAAGGUACAGUAUCAUUGGAAUAUAUUUUAUGCGUGGUACUAACUGAUAUAAUCCUUUGACAUUUUCAGAUUUCCGUAUAGUUUACAUGGUUAUGGUUAUUGUCAGAAGCUAUUCGUACGUAAUUAAUAGGUAAUUAAUAAAAGUUACAUUUAAAGAAAAUAGUUCAGAUGCCUGCAGUCUUACGACCAUAAUAUAGCAAAUGUUCAGCCAUAUGAUAUAGACAGCCUUUAUUAUUUUUUCAUAAUCAAUCUCUUUUCUGUGCCUGCUGUAUUCCUUUAAAAUUUUUUUAUAUUGCCCUUUGAUGGGUCAGCGCCCCAUCCUGGGUUGUUCCCUGCCUUGCGCCCGUAACCUCAGGAAUAGACUCUGGACACCCCGUGACCCUGAAUAGGAGAAGUGGUUACAGAAAAUGGAAGGAUGGAUGGAUACAAUAUUUACAGAAAUUUAUCCAUACUCCAUAAGUUUGCAAAACGAGUGUACUAUUUUGACUUGCGGAAAAUGUUCUGAUGUCUUGUGACUUGUGGCCACUACUCUGCUCAUGCUGUGUCAUCUUGGAAAUGGAUCUGAAGGCGUUUUGAAGCCCAGUUAGCCUACUUAGAACCAUUUUUGCUAAGCAUGUAAUCCCUUCAUCUCUUAUUAGAAUGCAGGAGAUAUACGAUGUAAAUGUAUUUUCCCCCCAUACAAGGAUAUGCAUGGCAAGAUCUAUAACCAGAAUGUCUCACUCAAGGACUGGUAGGAACAGUAUCUCCGUAUAAUUUGGCUUGACAGACCAUCUGCAGAAUGCAUCAUUUUGACAUUUUGUCUUUAUAUUGUUUGUAUAUAAAUGUCUUAACAGUGUAUAUUGUACAUUUCCUCAGCAAUUGCUUACAUGCAGUGAAACCCAUGCCUGUGGAAGGAAAAGAUGUGGAGGCUUACUGUCUGCACUGCGAAUGCAGAUACGAGGAGCGGAGUUCUGGGACUAUAAAAGUAACCACCAUCAUUUACCUGUCCAUCCUGGGCCUGCUGCUGCUCUAUAUGGUCUACCUGACCCUACUGGAGCCCACGCUGAAGAGGCGGCUGUUUGGACACUCGCAGCUCAUCCAGAAUGAUGAUGAUGAUGUUGGGGACCAGCAGCCCUUCUGUAAUACGUGUGAUGUGCCGUCUCACACCAACGUGCUGAACAAGGUGGAGCACGCACAGCAGCGCUGGUGGAGGCAGGUGCAGGAGCAGAGAAAGUCUGUCUUUGAUCAGCACGUGGUGCUUAGCUAAGCCGAACGCAUCGUAUGAUGCAAAGCAUUAAAGUAAUCACUGCAAAUGGCUCCCUGUCACACUCUCAUGUCUGUUUUUAAAGCUUCACAGUGGUGAAGAUGAGCAAGAUCUUUGCCUCAGCGUAAUAUUGCAUUUCUAGUUUUUUGCCUGACACUCCAGGGUUGUGAGCUCAGGUUUGAUGAAAAGGUUGCCCCGUUUGUCCACAAAUGGUACUGCCAAAUGUAGGAGGUGCUUUGACCAUUUAUAUACUUCCAUGACUAAGAGUGAUGCUUUAUCAUAUAUCCUGCCAUUGAUUCAAAAGUAUUGAGACUUUGCAGAAGUAAAGCUUUUCAGUUGCAUCAGCAUUGUUUAAAUUACCUGUGCCUUUCCAGAAAAGUAUGUACAGGAUUCUUGUUGUGUAUAAAAAAUUUCAGGACUUUGAUAAUUAGUUUUAGCUGUUUUCCAAAUGCCUUUGUGAAUUCUGUAUUUUUAAUAUUUCCUUUUAUCAAUGUAGUAAUCUAUUAUAAAAUAAGUUUAUGAAAAUAUAGACCAACAGUGUGAUCCACAAACUGUUGCUUGUUGAAUGAAAUUGAUUAAACAAACUGCAUAACCAUG